AUGCCACUCAUACUCAUAUCAGGGUUUCCGUCAAGCGGCAAGACAUACCGCAGCGAACAGCUCAAGGAGUACUUUGCGCAGAAGAUAGCUGCUUCUGAGGAUGCGCGCAUCUCCAAACUCAAGAUCCACCACUUAAACGAUCAGAACUUGGGACUUGAUCGCGAUGUAUAUGCUGCUGCAAGGAGCGAGAAGGAUGCGCGGGCCACUCUGUCUUCGGCCAUCAAGCGCGACUUGACAGCAAACUCGAUUGUCAUUGCCGACUCGAUGAACUACAUCAAGGGCUUCCGCUACCAGAUGUUCUGUGAAGCAAAGGCCCAGCGCACCCCGAGUUGUGUCGUGCACAUUGGAACGCCCGUCGAGAAAUGUCGCGAACUUAACGAAAAAGCCCUUACCGAAGGUACUGGUGGCUACCAGACCGACCUGUUCGAGAAUCUCGUCUUCCGCUACGAAGAGCCCAACGGCAUGACACGCUGGGACUCGCCGCUCUACACGGUACCCUACGACGACGAGACACCGCCGCUGGAAGAGCUUUGGGAUACGCUGGUCGGCGGAAAAGUAAAGGCUGUCAAGCCAAACUCGGCCACAGUCCUGGCUCCUGCCACCGAGCAAAACUACCUGUAUGAGCUGGACAAGACGACAUCCGACAUUGUCACUCAGAUCUCGGCCUGGCANAAAGAUCAUCCAGGAGAGAGCGGCGGCGAGAUUUCUGUUGCUGGAGCUGAGCACGACAUUGAGCUGCCUGCCAACCCUCUCGGUCUGCCGCAACUGCAGCGUCUGCGCAGACAGUUCAUUACUAUGAACCGCACACACAACUUGACAAAGGACCGCAUCAAGGACUUGUUUGUCGACUACCUCAACGACACUUUUCAAGCAGCUUGA